CGUUGUUGGCAUAGUGUGUGAGCGGUGUGAGCUGCCUGCUGCCGGCAGUACGUUUUCGAGAGGCGAAGGCUGUGUCGCUGAUUCACUUCUGAGAAGAGCAUUUUAUCGAACGGUCGAGAGUUCUCCGCCUGUUUAUACCGGUCAGUUAUUCUAAAUCAUCAUGAGCAACCAGCAGUAUUACCCAUUCAAGUGCACGCCAACCGUGUAUCCCGCGGAUCCUUUCGAUCCCGUCGCUGAUGCCGCCACACUUCGCAAGGCGAUGAAAGGUUUCGGCACUGAUGAGCGCGCGAUUAUCGAUGUCCUCGCACGUCGUGGUAUUGUCCAGCGCUUGGAAAUCGCCGAAACCUUUAAAACCUCAUACGGCAAGGACCUCAUCUCUGAAUUGAAGAGUGAGCUCGGUGGCAAAUUUGAAGAUGUCAUCGUUGCUCUGAUGACGCCAUUGCCGCAAUUCUACGCGAAAGAAUUGCACGACGCCGUUGCCGGUGUGGGCACUGAUGAAGAGGCCAUUAUUGAAAUUCUGUGCACGCUCUCCAACUAUGGCAUUCGCACGAUUGCCCAAUUCUAUGAACAAACUUAUGGCAAGAAUUUGGAACACGAUCUUAAGGAUGAUACUUCCGGCCAUUUUAAGCGUCUGCUGGUGUCGUUGUGUCAAGGAAACCGCGACGAGAACCAGGGCGUGAACGAAGCCCAAGCGACCGCUGAUGCGGAAUCGCUCAUCUCCGCCGGUGAAGACAAAUGGGGCACCGACGAGAGCUCGUUCAACUCCAUCUUAAUUACACGUUCCUACCAGCAGUUGCGCCAGACCUUCAUCGAAUACGAGAGGCUCACCGGCAAGGACAUUGAAGAGUCCAUCAAAAAGGAGUUCUCUGGCAACAUCGAAAAAGGCCUUCUCGGCAUUGUAAAAUGUGUCAAGAGCAAAGUCGGUUACUUUGCGGAAAGACUACACGACUCGAUGGCUGGCUUGGGAACCAACGACAAGACUUUGAUUCGCGUCAUUGUCUCGCGAUCGGAAAUCGACUUGGCUGACAUCAAGCAAGCCUUUUUGGACAAGUUUGGUAAAACUCUUGAGAGCUGGAUUCAGGAUGAUUCCAAAUCUGAAAUCAAAUAUCUCUUGAUAAGUCUAACUGCCUAUGGGUAAACCAGCUCAGCACCCAAAUAAAGUUUCAAUACCCGUGUUGUUCGUUUGACCAAAAUGAUUAUUCAGUGUUGUUGCAUUUUAUACGUGUCUACAAUUAAUACAACAAAUCUAAUUUAUUUAUUGAAGCAAACGAAAGAAGCGACACUUAGCGUAGGUGUAUCGUUAGCCGAAUAGUGUCCUUAAGCUGUUUUUUGCAUAUAUACUUUUAGCAAAUUGCUUCUCGGGUGAGGGUUUACUCAUUUUUAUACAAUUUACAUUCAUAAUAUAUAUUUACAGCGAUGUUAUUAUAGCCAAGUACAAUGUGAACGAAACACAAGGAUAAACGAAUUUGUGCGCCUUUCAAUGUCUAAUGUCUUUGAACAUUCGUGUUGUUGCUGUGAACGCAUUACAUUAUAUAUAUACAAAAUGAACAUGGAAACAUUCCAGUUUUGCCUCUUAAAUUUAGAAUACAAAAUUGAAAAGAAACAAAAACACUUUGUUCUCAAAUUUAUUGAAUUUUAAUGGAUAUAAUAUAUAUAUUUAUGUAUAACGCUUUGUUGGUGCUUCAAUAAAACUUUGAAACAAAA